UAUUGCAUUUAAAAUACUGAGAAACAUGUCUCUGCAAAGAAAAGAAGUCUUCAUUAUAUUUGCAGUUUCUCUUUGUAUUCUAAAAAUGAGUAAAACCGUAUAUGGUAUUAGACAGACGCGAAGUAGUGGUACGACAUAUAGCAAUCCAUUUCAGAAAUCCAAAAAAUAUAAUACAAGUUACACAGCGGUAGCUGCCAAACUGCGAGAAAUGAUUAAAAUUACUAAUGGCUAUGACAAAUGGGUCAGACCAAACGACUCAGGUGCCCCAGUAGAAGUAUUAGUAGAAAUGAAGAUCAUGUCAUUUGGGAAGGUUCGAGAGGACGAGAUGGACUUUACACUCGAUAUAUUUUUCCGACAAUGGUGGACAGAUCACCGGCUGGCUCACGGCAUUAAAAAAACCUUCAAUAUGGCGAUGAAUCCAACCAAAUACUUCUGGACUCCAGAUACAUAUUUCGUCAAUGUUAAGUCAUCAAAUUUUCAUCACGUGACUCGUGAAAACACUCGUCUUAUGAUUUGGCCCAAUGGACGUAUAUACUACAGUACCAGGGUGACACUCACUGCUCAGUGUAAAAUGGAGUUCAGCAUGUUCCCAAUGGACACCCAAGUCUGUUUGCUGAAAAUAGAAAGUUAUGCUUACACCGUUGCGGACGUGAUAUACAACUGGAACGUCAAGGGGCAGGACACGUCCAUUGAAAUCUACGCUGAUGAUAUGGCACAAUUCGAUAUGAAGGAUGUGUACACUUCAAAACUAGAGUCAAGUAACAGUAAAGGUUCGUUCGACAGUCUCCGUGUGUUUUUCAAAUUCAAACGUCGAGCAUCGUACUUCUUUCUCCAACACUAUAUCCCUUCUGCGUUCAUCGUGUUUAUCUCAUGGCUUAGCUUCUGGAUUAAUAAAAACGCCGUUCCGGCUAGAGUAUCUCUUACCGUAACUUGUGUUCUUAGUACGAUGGUACUGUUUGAAUCAAUCAAUUCGAGUUUACCGCGGAUCUCAUAUUUAAAGGCUAUUGACUACUAUUUGAUCACAUCUUUCUUCUUUAUCCUCGCUUCGAUGGUGGAAUAUUGCUUUGUUCUAAACAUUAUCGACAAGAACAUUGAUGGUAGCAGAAAAAAUAGCUUACAGACUAGUCAAAGUUGUCACAUUACUGACGUCAUGGACAUGGAGAGCCAACCRCAACAAAGAGAACGAUACUUAAGUUCUUCACGACCAAGACGAGAUGCCAAACUCUCGAAUGGCUACCCAAGUAACUCUACAGUCAUCAGCAUCCCAUUAGUGAAAAAAGAAGUUAARAAAAGACUAGACUAUCAGUUUGGGGAGAUGCUCCCCCCGGAAUGCUUCCGAGCAGGGGAGGACUCRGUKCAUUUGAUUGACAAGUAUUCRAGGAGGAUGUUUCCUCUUCUUUACCUCUUGUUUAACAUUGGUUACUGGUCAUACUUUUUGCCUAAAGUGGACUAGGAACGAGGAAAGUCAGGGGGAAGCUGACUAAGUCAAACGCGCCGCGACUUGCAGCUUUUGUGUUCCACUAGAUGGGUGCUUAAAGAGGCCGACAUGCAUUGAUGUCUGCGUGKUUUAUUGUGUCUCUGUUGCUGCCAAAGUGCACAAUACCAAUCAAUUUAUCCCUUAGAAGAAAGAUGAUAUUUGAAAAAGGGAAAACUACRAGGAAAUAUAGAAAGAAAAAGGGAAAAACGAAUUCGACGAGGAGAUUAGAGGUUUCGGAUACAACGUCGCCUUCKCCGCUGCCGCGCGGGUCAAGUGCUGCAUUACUAAAAAAUAAUGACAUCGCACUCUAUGAC